AUGGCAGAAGAUCUUCCAGUUUGGGAAGUCCGUUUUGGAGAUACGGGUGGCCUAAAUGACAACAAAAAGGCCGAGUACAGUGUCCAGGAGUUGCGCUGUUUGGGUGACCGUCUUUUCGACAAUACCGUAACUUUUGUGAAAGAGGACGCCAACAUUGAGCUACCCCUCAUCUACGCAGAGUUCGAAUUCGACAUGAGCUUCCUCUUUAAGACUACCGUGACAGAUGCAGUGUUGAUGCAAAAUGUGGGACGCAAGUCGGGUCACUUUUUUGAGCUUCGGAUCCGAAGUGGCUUUGCCUUCAGAUUUGCCUUCAACGUGGGUAAUGGACUUCAGGUCUUGGAGGUGGUCACUGCCUAUUGGCUCAACAACAACCAAUGGCAUGUCGUCCGCCUGGAGAGGAACAGAAAAGAGUCCCGUCUCAUAGUAGACUCGAAUCCGGCCAGAGUUUUGGUUGAACCCGACCAGCGUUCAUACCAACGCUUCGACUUUGACCAGCCUCUGUUUGUUGGCACCACACAGGUCAGCAGUCAGGCAGUCUAUCUGAUAAGCUAUUUUUUCCCGGAUUAUUUGUUGUCCAAACCACGCAACAUCAGGCAACCUGAUGUAAUUGGUGAUUUUAACUGCCUCUGUCUUACUUUAGUGGAUUAUGAAACGUUGACAGUGUUUUCACAGCUAAGAGCUAUUGCUUAA